GCUCAAAUUAGCUGGUUUCUCCUCCUCUGCUCCCAGCUCAGGGAAAAGCUCUCUGCUGCCUAUCACCUCAAGUAUUAAUAACCUUAUCCAAGAAAAGGAUCCAGCAUGCCUCAGUACAAGCUGACAUACUUCAAUCUGCGAGGACGAGCAGAAAUCAGCCGCUACCUGUUUGCCUAUUCAGGCAAGAAGUAUGAAGACCACAGGAUAGAAGUAGCAGACUGGCCCAAAGUCAAACCAACUAUCCCAUUCGGCAAAGUCCCCAUUCUGGAAGUAGAUGGAGUUACCAUUCACCAGAGCCUGGCAAUAGCAAGAUACCUUGCCAGAGAAUCAGGUCUGGCAGGUCAGACGCCUGUGGAACAGGCGCUAGCUGAUGCCAUUGUGGACACCAUCGAUGACUUCAUGACACUGUUCCCUUGGGCAGAGAAAAACCAGGACGUGAGAAAACAAGCAUUCGAUGAUAUCCUUACGAACAAAGCACCCGAGUUACUGAAAGACUUGGAUACUUUCUUAGGGGAUAACACCUGGCUGGUAGGGGAGUCUGUAACAUGGGCAGAUUUCUACUGGGACGUGUGCAGUACGACACUUCUGUCCUGCAAACCUGACCUGGCAGACAACUACCCCAGGCUGUUGGCUCUCAGAGACAGAGUGCAAGCACUUCCAGCUAUUGCAGCCUGGAUCCAGAAAAGACCCAAGACUAUAAUGUAGAUCAGCUUUUUAGACUGGAAAAUACAAAUGCAUGUUUAGUUUUCAACAUGACAAACACCCUAAGUUAUUGAUUUUAGAAUCAUUUAAAUGAAUUUCAGAUGGGUAUGCUAUGCCAAAUCAAAAUCUACCACUUGUAUCCAUUUAUAGGAGACUAAAAAGCUGAUUUAGUAGAGUAGAGCCCGAGGGAGAGGUGUGGUUUCAACCACAUUCCCCCCACUACUAAUAAAGAGCUUGAUAAACCCGA